GAAGUAAAAAAAAAAUAAAAAAGAAGUUGAAAUGAACAUGAAAGUUUUCUUUUUAUAGAGACACAAGCUUGAAGAGAUUUGGAUAAAUGUGUUAAAAUCAGUGUCUACCUGUUCAAAAAUAUUGAAAUUGUUUGCUGUGUUAACAUGAUGUAGCUUAAGCUUUCUGAAGAGGCAACUGUGAACAUUUAGUACAGUGAAUGCUGCAGCAUGAUGCAGCUAUUUUCAAAACUGAAGAUGAACCCGCCCACCGGCACGAAUGUGAUGUUUUAUCUCUCCCUAACCAAUGCUGAGAGUAAAACUGAAAGCAGAACUGAGUAAGGGUUAUUGCAAAACAACGCCAUUUUGGAGUGGAAUGCAAGUUAUCCCUCUGUGAUAAAAUGGCAGAAAGAAAUUCUGAGCUGGAGGAUGAGCUCACCUGUUCUGUGUGCUGUGAAAUCUUCAUGAAUCCUGUUGUCCUGAAGUGCAGCCACAGCUUCUGUAAAGCCUGCUUAGAGAAGACAUGGAAGCUGAAUAGUUCCAGGGAAUGUCCUUUUUGCAGGAGGAGGUCUUCUACAGAUAACCCCCCACUCAACCUUGCUUUAAGAAAUAUUGUGGAGUCCUACUUAAAGAAGAACAGCAAAAGUCCUACAGAGCAGUCUGAAGAACUCUGCAUGCUGCAUGGAGAGAAACCAAAGCUUUUCUGUUUGAACGACCAAGUGCCCAUUUGUGUUGUGUGUCAGACUUCCAAAAAACAUAAACAUCAUGAAUGCACUCCUAUUGAAGAGGCGGCAGUGGAUUUCAAGGAAAAAAUUGAGACGGCAGUGAAAUCCUUGAAGGACAAGCUGGAAUUCUUUAAUGAAGUCAAACAAGUUUGUGUUAAAACAGCAGACCAUAUUAAGGUCCAGGCCCACCUAACGGGGAGACAGAUAAAGGAGGAGUUUGAGAAGCUUCACCAGUUUCUACGAGAGGAAGAGGUGGCCAGGCUGACUACACUAAGGGAGGAAGAAGAAGUCAAAAGUCUGAUAAUGAAAGAGAAGAUUGAAAACCUCACAAGAAAAAUCUCAUCUCUGUCAGACUUAAUCAGAGCCAUAGAACAGGAAAUGGAGACUGAUGACAUUUCCUUCCUGAAGAACUUCCAGAUCACUAAGAAAAGAGCCCAAUGCACACUACAGGAUCCAGAGCUGGUUUCAGGAGCACUGCUAGAUAUGGCCAAACACCUGGGCUCACUGCCAUACAGAGUCUGGGAGAAGAUGCAGGGGAUUGUUCAAUAUACCCCAGUGACUCUGGAUCCAAACACUGCAAGCUCAUCUUUGACAUUGUCUGAAGAUUUAACAGCUGUGAGAUACAGUAAUGAACAAGAACAGCCCCCUAACAACCCAGAACGAUUUAGUGAAUUUCUGUAUGUUCUGGGCUCUGAAGGAUUCACGUCGGGGAGACAUUGCUGGGAUGUUCUGGUGGAAGACAAAUUAGGGUGGACACUGGGUGUGGCAAAAGAGUCAGUCAGCAGGAAAGAGGAUAUCUUUCCAGCCCCAGAAGAAGGAUUCUGGGGCAUAAGUCUGUGGUUUGAGCAUGAAUAUCAAUCCACAUCAACGGAAAAGCUAAAUUUGAAGAGGAUACCCAGGAAGAUCAGAGUGAAGCUUGACUAUGACAGAGGGGAGGUGUCAUUCCUGGACACCAGAGAUAUGACCAUUAUCUACAGUUUUAAGGACAGCUUCACUGAGAAAGUGUUUCCUUACUUCGGUCCUGGGACAAAAGGAAAUUCGCUGAAAAUCUGUCCUGUGAAGACGAGGAUAAAAGGUGACGUCAAUUGAAUGAAGUGCCGUCCUUCAGAUGAGAUGUAAAACCAAGGUCCUGACUCUCUGUGGUCAUUAAAAAUCCUAAGGCGUUUCUCGA